ACCAAAUGCGCUCAUGUGCUAAUCCUACUGUGUUAGAGGAGGCAGUAGAAGGUCCCGCAUUAAUGACACAGCACUGAAUGUCAAGCCUCGACACAGAACAGAGCGGGCUGGUUAUUCAGAUCAAUGAAGCUCCUUCCUCUGCAGCAACGAUUCUUCUCUGCUCCCCCUCCCUCCCUCAGCCCUGCAAGGAACACUCCUCCCCUCCUUCCUCCGCAGAGCCGGAGCUUUCUCCCUCUUUAAAGUGUGUUCUGGCUCCCAGUCUUCCACGGUGCAUGUUUCCCUUCGUGAGGGGAGAUUUCUGAGCUUGUUCGUGUCAUGACACAGCGCAGCGCAGGGUCGAAGUGGUCGUCUCUAGCGCCACUGGAACGCCAGUGCCCAGGACUCUUUUCCAGUGCUCUGAGUUUGGUUACAUGAAAUAUGCGAUGUUCGCAGGAGUGCCCGGUUCUUUUUCUGCUUCUGCACUUUGUUUUCAUUUUGGCAGCCGGCCACGAAGAGCUCUCCGACUCCGGCAGACUCCUCUCCCUCUUUGCAGAGCAAGGUCAGUUGUCCCAGUCAGGGUCAGAUCUGUCCAUUGUCCACCCAGAGAAAACCAACGCUGAUGGAGAGUUCAUCUCCCACUCCCUGUCUCACCACUUCAGGGGUGGUAGAGUCAGGCGUGACCUGCGACCCCUUGCUUUGGAGGGGCAGGUUUACUAUAAGGUCAACUACAAGGGCCGAGCUUUAAUGUUCAAUUUGACUGCAAACAAUAACCUGGUUUCGAAUGACUACGUCCUGGAGAGGAGGAACGGCAGUGCCAACAGGACCGAGCGUGGUCUCUCCGGGGGGAAUUCCUGCCACCUCCUCGGUAUGGUGGAAAACUCUGAUGUGCGAGGAACUGCUGCCAUCAGCACCUGUAGAGGACUGAGAGGCUUCUUCUCCCUGCCGGAGGGACAAUAUUUCAUUGAACCUGUCCAGAAAUCUCCUGAUGAUCCUGCAGGGACUCCAGAGCCCCACAUCGUCUAUCCGAGAGUUACUACAGGAAGUCACAGAAAAAAACGCAGCCUCGAGUCCAAGGAAACACUCAGCCCCUGUGGAGUCCAAGAUGCCCCAAGUGACUCUGUCCAGGUGGAGAGGGAAAGGGAGGAAUGGGAGAGGGAGCAGCAGAGCGGGGAGGAUCGGGCUCAGUCCCGCUCGCAGCGCUCAGUCAGCAGAGAGCGGUGGGUGGAGACCAUGGUGGUGGCUGACUCCAAACUCAUCGAAUAUCACGGCAGUGAUAAUGUGGAAUCCUACAUCUUCACCAUCAUGAACAUGGUGGCCGGAAUCUUUCAUGAUGCCAGUAUUGGGAAUGCCAUCCAUGUCAUCUUGGUGCGCCUCAUUUUGCUACAGGGAGAAGAGAAAGGGUUGAAGAUUGUUCACCAUGCAGACACCACUUUGGCCAGUUUCUGUGCUUGGCAGAAAAACCUCAAUCCUCAGAGUGACACGCACCCAGCUCAUCAUGACCUGGCUGUGUUGGUCACUAGGAAAGACAUCUGUGCUGGAAUGAACCAGCCCUGUGAGACGCUGGGUCUGUCUCAUCUGUCUGGGAUGUGUCAGCCACACCGCAGCUGCAACAUCAAUGAGGACUCAGGACUACCUGUCGCCUUCACCGUGGCACAUGAAAUGGGCCACAGCUUUGGAAUUCAUCAUGAUGGCCAGGGGAAUGACUGUGAGCUGGAAGGACGGCACCCGUUCAUCAUGUCCAGACAGCUGAUGUAUGACAGCUCUCCUCUUACUUGGUCUUCAUGCUCCAAAGAGUACAUCACACGCUUCCUCGAUCGUGGCUGGGGUUUCUGUCUGGAUGACCGACCUUCCAAGAGGGACCUAACCACCCCACUUGCUCGCCUCGGUGUCCGCUACACCACACACCACCAGUGCCAACUCCAAUAUGGCCCAAAUGCUACCUUCUGCCCUGAGGUUGAUAACGUUUGCCAGAUCCUUUGGUGUUCAGUGAAUGGCUCCUGUCGCUCCAAACUGGACUCACCUAUAGAUGGCACUCGCUGUGGACCAGAGAAGUGGUGCAUCUCAGGAGAAUGUGUGAUUGUGGGUAAACUCCCAGAGACCGUAAAUGGAGGCUGGGGACAGUGGAGUACCUGGUCUCAUUGCUCCAGGACCUGUGGAACAGGUGUUCAGUCAGCGGAGAGGGAAUGUAACAACCCCAAACCAGAGUUUGGAGGCAAGUACUGCACUGGGGAAAGGAAGCGCUAUCGGACUUGUAACACAAAACCCUGCCAGAAGAAUAAGCCUACCUUUCGAGAGAUGCUGUGCAGUGAGUUUGACACCGUGGCCUACCAAAAUGAGCUCUACCAGUGGAUUCCUGUGUCUAACCCAUUAAAUCCCUGUGAGCUGCACUGUCGACCAGUCAGUGAGUAUUUUUCGGAGAAGAUGCUCGACGCCGUGACGGACGGAACGCCGUGCUUCAUGAACAACAAGUCCAGAAACAUCUGCGUCAACGGAGUGUGCAAGGAGGUAGGUUGUGACUAUGGCAUUGACUCAAACGCAAUGGAGGAUCGCUGUGGAGUCUGUUUGGGUGACGGCACAAGCUGCGAGACGGUCUAUAGGUCAUUCGAUGAAGCAGAAGGCUUCGGGUACAUGGAUGUGGGUGUGAUACCUGAGGGGGCGCGGGACAUCCUGGUAAAGGAAGUAGAGGAGGCAGGUAACUUCCUGGCUCUGAGAAGUGAGACGUCGGAGGAGUAUUUCCUCAACGGCAACUACAUCAUACAGUGGAACGGGGAGUACGAGGCCGGCGGGACAACGUUCUACUACGAACGCAGCGGAAACAUGGAGAACCUCACCGCUCCUGGACCCACCAAACAGCCAGUCAUGCUCCAGUUGCUGUUUCAGGAGAAGAACCGGGGUAUAAAGUAUGAGUACACCAUUAAGAAGACCAAAGAGAAAGGAAAUGAGAUCAUCGAACCUAUUUACAGUUGGAGACAUGGGGCGUGGACAGACUGCAGCACCACCUGUGGCUUAGGUGAGCAGCACCAGCCUGUGCGGUGUUUUGAGAUAGAUGUGGGUGUAGUGGAUGAGUCUCUGUGUGACCAAGACAGCCGUCCAGAAGACAGGCACCGAAAAUGCAAGACUAUGGAUUGUCCUGCAAGGUGGUGGGUUGGGGGUUGGCAGCAGUGUACAGCCACCUGUGGAUCUGACGGUGUGAGAAAGCGAACGGUGCUCUGUGUCCGUACGGUUUCAGCGGAGGAAAGGGUGCUCCACCCUGUGGAGUGCAAGCAUCUCCUUAAACCCAAACCUGUGGUGCCGUGCAACAGAGACGUACCCUGUGGACAGGACUGGGUGGUCGGGAACUGGGAAGAGUGCCCGGUCACAUGUGGAGGGGGGGUUCGCUCACGCACUGUCACGUGUGCACUAGCACCCAAAAAGACCUGCGAUCUCUCAACCAAACCUCGGUCCAGAUCACUGUGUGCCCUGCAGAGCUGCCCUAACUCAAGUCUACGUAGACGACCCGGACCUCCCCCUAAAUACCGACGCAUUUACCCAAAUAAGAACCACCCCACCAAGCAUCCUGGUUCACCUACCUGGGCUCCUAUGAGCACCACGGCCACAGCUGCACCCACAGCUGCUAUCACUGUGAGGAAAAAAACAGCCACCAAAGAAUCUACAACUGCUUUCAUCCCUACCACCACAUCCCUUUCAACCCCUGAAACCACAAUCACUGACACAGAGGAGUAUGAGUUCAAUGUAAUAUUGAGGAAAAAUGGGAAUAAGAGGGGGAGACUUUUCCCUUCUAAAUUCAAUUCUACGGAAAAGGACAGGAAAGCAACUGAUGAGGAAAAGGAAAACAUGGAAGGAGAGGAGGGAAGUACGCCAAAUGUGCCGAUGUACACUCCAGGAUAUGAUUAUGUUGUUGAGGAUAGGACAACAGACGAGGAAGGGAUCAUUGACCUGGAUGUUUUUACCACAGCCACAUCACUCAAAAAUCCCCUUAAAUCAACCACUUUACAAACAACUCCACCUACCAUGCACACGACCCGAACACCCACCACAACUACCUUCUCCACCCCACACACCAGUAGUGAUACAUCGGUAGAGACCACUCACCGUUUAUCCAACCCCUACGCCAGCCCGCACAGUCACUGGACACGCAGGGUUCCCGGCACCACUCCGAUGUACAAGAGCCACUCAGUCCCAUCGAAAACUGGCUUCCACACAACCCAAGCUCCUUCAACAACUGCAAGAAAACUAUUCACCACUGCAGCAUCGCCUCAGCCCACAGUAAAGAUUAUUAAACGGAAGAAACCUGCUGUGACACCCAAGAAAAACAGUUUAGCCUCUCGUGCUAAAAAGCCCGCUUCACGGUCCAAAGGCAGUCGCUCCAAAAGCCAAAACCAGCAACCAGAAAGUCCCAUGAGUCGCUCCACCAGUGACCAAAGCAACCUGAUGGCCAGAGAGCCAGUCAGCAUGGAUAUAUUCUGGGUUGUAGGAAACUGGAGCGAGUGCUCGACAACAUGUGGGAUUGGCGCAAUAUGGCGAACUGUCAUGUGCAGCUCCCAGAAUGAUGAGGACUGUGCCAACAUGAAGAGACCUGAGCCUGCACGUACAUGUCAGCUGCAGCCUUGUGCCACCUGGCAAAGUGGCAGCUGGAGCAAGUGUCCAGAUAACUGUGCAGCGGUGGGAAGGAGGUACCGUGAUGUCCAAUGUGUCGAUUCUCAGAAUAAACGUCCCCUCAGACCUUUCCACUGUCAAGCUGUGUCCAGCAGACCCCCCAGCACCUUGAGUUGCCCUCACAAGCCCUGUAUGACCUGGAGUGUAUCACCCUGGGGACCGUGCUCUGGCAGCUGUGGCGAAGGCAUCAGGGAGCGGCUGGUGUAUUGUCCUGAGCCCAAUCGCUGUAGCACCACACUGAGGCCGAACGGCACAGAGCCGUGCAGUCUAAAGCCCUGCACUCAUUGGAAGACUGAGGACUGGGAGAAGUGUAGUGUGAGUUGCGGUGGGGGUCAGCAGCAGCGCCAAGUCAACUGUAUGAGUGACGGAGAUUUGGCCGUAAUGCCAAACAGCCUCUGUGAGAAGAUUUCCAAACCGGAAAUACUCAGAAAGUGCAAUAUGCAGGAAUGCAAGACCAACGCAGGUCCAGUUUGUAGGAAGAACACUAUGUCCUCACGUUUCUGUGACAAGCUGAAGCUACUGGGUCGCUGCUCACUCAGGUCGGUCCAAAGACAGUGUUGUGUCACCUGUGGGCCAUAGCCAGGGAUACACACGCACAUAUAUUACCAUGGGUACAUCCCAACUCCAGUGACAUUUACUGUAUCUUCAUGCAGUGCUGGCGUAAAGCCAAGCCAUCCACAGACCGACACCUCUGAACCAAAGUGCUAAUGACCGCAACACUACAACAACCACAUCUUAAUCAGCACAAACAAAAUUGGGUCAACUAAGAGUUAUUUUUAAAUUUUUCUUUCUUUUUUUUUUUUUUUUUCUUUUACCUAUUUGGAUAACUUUUUCCGAUGAAAAAUUUUGCUAGGAGGCAUUACCAAAGUGAGCAAGAGAACAAGCUGGAACACCGAUGAUGAAUACACAUUUGGACCAUAAGAAAUGUUAGAGCUUAAUGUUCAUAAAGCCAUGUUGAGGUGAGCAGAAAUGCUUAUCAGAAUUAAAAUAUUUAUUUUAUUUUAAAAAAUUGGGGAAAGUACAAUGAUUCAGUCAAAACAUACUUAGAAAACAUUUAAAAAAGCAAAAUUACUAAUUCAAAAAAUAAUCCAGAAGCACAAUUCAAAAGUUACGCGAGCUCAGGCCGAUACAAGAGCAACUCCUACACAGUUGUGAUGAAUUAGACUGUAACACAAGUAUAUAUAAUGCACUUUCUUUAUUCAGAAAGAAAAAUUCUGUUAUGACCUACAGUACAAAUCUUUCUGGGCCAAAGGUGCUUUUAUAAUCAAGGUGCUGAUGAUUCAAGAGUCAUGUAUUUUUUAUUUCAAAGUGAACUGGUAAAAUCAGAAUGUAAAUAAAGAUUUUUUUGUGACCUCUUAAUUAAAUUGUUAAUAGUAAUGAUAAUCGCUGUGUUUUUUUUUACACGCUUUAUUCUGCUUGAAUUGUGGUUCUGUCCUCAGAGCUGGCACUGUGUGUUUACAUUGUACUGGGUUCAAGUUCCCGCUUUAGUCAUUUUUGUUUCAAUUGUCAAUGAUGAACUCAGCCGCAGACCCUGCACAGUUCUCAAGCUGAACCUGUGGUGCUCCUCCUUUGGUGUGAGAUUGACCCGUGAGAAAGAGGUGUUGCAGGUCAUCCCUCUCAGGUCCCUCUAAAGAUGGCCACUGUGUUUGUAUGAUAUUGUACAGGCAUUACCAUUGUCAUGUAUCUGGUAAAUCACCGUGACUGAUUUGUCCUCCAGACGUCUCCAUCAAGAAAUGUCAUGAUAAAAGAUGUUUGUGACACAACUGCUUUGUA